AAAUCGACUGGCAAGCAGCUCAAAUGUAUGACAAAGUCAAUAGAUAACGCUAUAAUCGAAAAAUGUAAUCAUUGUUAUUUGUUAUAAAGUUACUAAAUGGCUAUUGAAACUGGGUUUAUACUCUUCUGUAAAACUGAAGAAAACGAGAUAGGUUGUGUCGCAAUGACAAAAAAGUGUAAACACACUAUAAUACCACAUAAUGCGACUUUCACUCACUACUUUUAUUGAUUAUUGUAACAUAAUAAUAAAUUGUAUUAUAUAAAGGUUCUUGGUUAUUUAAAAAAUCACUUUUUUCUAGUAAUACAUAAUUAAUUAUUUUUUUAUGAAAACAAUUAUUGACUUCAUACAUUAUAAAAAGAUUACUAACUGCAAGUAUUAUAGAUUUCAUUAAUUAUAUUGCCAUAUAAUGGAUAUGUCUUAUAAUCUUAUUGCGGCAGUAUCCAAAAAUAGCGGUAUUGGCUACAAAGGUAAUUUGCCAUGGCGUUUGAAAAAAGAAAUGGACUACUUCACUCAAAUGACAACAAAAGUAAAAUCCCCAGGAAAGCUAAAUGCAGUUAUUAUGGGUAGGCUAACUUGGGAGUCAAUACCUAACAAGUAUAGACCAUUAACAAAUCGUCUAAAUGUGGUAAUUUCUAAAACUAUGAAAUCAGUACCCAAAGGUAUAUUAUUGUAUAAGGACCUUAAAGAAGCUAUUGAAGCACUUGAACUUAAAGAAAAUAUAGAGAGACUUUGGGUAAUUGGUGGAGCAGGUUUGUAUAAUGAAGCAAUUAAAGAUGAAAGAUGUACAUUUUUAUAUGUUACAAAAAUUAAUAAAGAAUUUAUUUGCGAUACAUUUUUCCCUCAUAUUGAUACUGAUGUAUUCCAAGAAAUUGACGACCCUGAUGUGCCCAAAGGGUUACAGGAAGAAAAUGAAAUUGGGUAUGAGUUUAAAGUGUUUAAAGGUUGUAAAAAAGGCUAAAAUAAUGGUUUUUUUUUUUAAGUUUGUUUACUGAAUUAAGUAUGUAAAAUCAAAAAAAUGAUCAUAACUUUAAUGAGCUAUUUUAUUUUCAAAGCUAAAAACUGUUAUACAAUAUUUUUAAUUAAAUAUUUUUUGUAUAUUGAUUUCAUCAUUAUUGAUGAUAUUAAUAAUUAUAAUAAGUAUUUGUUUUGUGAAUAAUCAAAUUUCAGUUUAUUAUGUAC